CUCUUCAUCCAUUUACUACCGAGAGGCGGUGGGAACGCACCGACAGACACUCCUCGUUUCUAUCUGCCGCUGGAAACUCGGGCAAGAUGUUCUGCAGACGUGCUUUGCAGAGAAUCGGGCCGCUGGCACGGAGGGCUCUCAAACCCACAUCAACGAACCGUGAGUCAGCUCCAGUGCGACACAUGGCAUUUGGAGUUCCUGGUGGCUCCAACAAUAUGAUGUACUUUGUCCUGUGUGGAGGAGGCUUCACUGCUGCAUUGGUUUACGCCUACAAGACAGUGAGCGAUGAUAGUGUGCUCCAUGAGGACAGAGUGGCCAACAUGGUGUCCUCAGAAAAGGCUCCGGCAGAGGCAGCUCCGGCAGAGGCAGCUCCGGCAGAGGCAGCUCUGGCAGGUGAACGAGUCCCAGUGGAAGAGGUUGUUGCUGAGGUUGUGACUGCCCCAGCAGAACCAGUAGCAGAAACAGCAGCUGAACCUGUUAUCGAGGUGGAGACCAAAGUGGCAGCCACUGAGGUCCCAGAGUCAGCCCCUACAGAGGCUCCUACUGAGGCUUUGGCCGUAGAAGAACCCUCUGCACCUGUGACAGCAGAAGCUGUUCCUGAAGCUGCUUCCCCUGGCACAAUGGAAGUAGCUGCCUUAGAGGAGACAGCACCAGAGGCCCCUGCAGCUGAGAGCACUGAGCCCAUGCCAGAUCUGCUCUCUGCUGUGAAGGUCUUGGCUGGCUCCCCAGUUGAGAUUGCUGCAGCUUCUGUUGGCGACCACAGCCUAGUAGAAGUGAUAAGACAAACAGAGAGGGAUAAAAAAGGUUUGGAUUCCACCAUGGCAGGGCUACAGAAACCAGACGCCCUAGAAGCAACAGAAGAAGAGAUAGUUAAUAAAGAAGCUAGUGAGGGAGCAGAUGUUGCAGUGGAUAAGGAGGUGAAACCUGUGGAGGAAGUGGCUGAGGCUGAAGAUGCAGAAGCUCUAGCUACUAAAGAGGUGAAUACAGAGGAGACAUCUGCUUAUUCUGUGGAAGAGAAAGAGGCUAUAUCUAUUAUCGAGGAGCCAUCUGCCCCCACAGUGGAGGAGGUUGGAGAAGUUGAUGAUGUGGCUCCUGAUACCACCUCUGAGGAGGAAGCCUCAGUAGUUACCGCUUUCCCUGAGGAAGCCUUUCCUGUGGUGGAUGACAUUACCACCAUUACUGCUGAACAUACUCCAGGGGAUGAGGCUUCAGUGGAGGAGGCAGCAACAGCAGCAGCAGAAGCUUCAUCCCAGGAGACAGUGGAGGCUGCACUGGUUGGGGACAAAACUCAGCUGGCAGCAGCCUCCACUGGAUCCAGCAUGGAAGGCCUGUCAACCACUGCACCAGAGUCAGCAUUAGAGAUCCCAGUAGAGGGAGUCAAACACUGCCUUUCCUGCCACUCUGUUUUUGCAGAAGGGAAGAAGGUGGCACCACCUGCUGCUGUGGGAGAGCAGUUGAAGGGAGCUGUGGAGUUUACACAUGAGGCUGUGACACUGGAAGAAGGACAAAAUGUAUUUCUGCCUAUAUCCACAGAGGUGUCAAAGUGGACAGUAAAAAGCUGCUCAGUGAUGUAGUAGUACAGUUAAGAAGCCAGGGAGUUGACGGUGAUGAUAGACCAGUGAUGAAAUGACAGUGUGCCUUCCACAAUGCCUCCCCAACCAAAUAUCUGUCAGUCAAACCAGGACUAAACCAAGAUGAGAAGAAAUAGCUACAUGUUUACUAUAGCUGAUGUGUCCACUCUGAAAUAUUGUUGAACUUUCUUUUGUCUGUGUCCGUCUAAUCUGAUUGGUCCUCUGGGUGCCACUAUUGUGAAUGAAACAUCAAUUUCUUAAUAGGUGUUGCAGUCAGUGGAACUGAUCUGUCUUUAUUAAAAUGAUAUGAUAGAGUGCUUUUCAUUACAGGUAUUGUCUAAUUUGCCCAAUGAUAUGUAUAAGUGUAUUCUAUGUAUUCUAUGUAAAAUUAUAAUAGCGUCAUAGCAGUGUCAGCGUUAACCUAGUUAAUUCAGCUGACAUAUAUUUUUGCUUAUUUGAAAGAUUUAAAGAUCUAGUGCGUAAUAUUUUACCUGGAAGAAAAAUUUGGUGCAGCCCAAAGUGAUGCAACACUGAAAACUGGAAUUUUGACUGGAGCCCAGAUGUGAGAAGCUCAGCUCUCAAACAAUUAAGAGCUUUGGACUCAUGACCAUGUAAGUGAUGCAAAAUUUUGUGUGCAACCAUUGAGGUUCAAAUUAUGAUCAGAUAGUUGAGGACAUGCUAAAAGUGUAUGAACAGAUGGGUUGCAGAACAUCACUCAAAAUGAUUUUUCUCCACUUGCAUCUUGAUUAUACCCUCCUACUUUUGGUGAUGUACAGUAAGUAAUGAGAAUGGUGAACAACUUCAUCCAGAUAUUGCUGAAAUGGAAGCCAUUGUACCAAGGAGCUUCAACCCAAACAUGAUGGGGAUUAUUGUGUAUCAGAACCCACAAAAAACAAAAUAAAGUGUCUGUAACACUGUGAAACAAUUCAAAGCCAAGCAGAUGGGCUCUGUCACUUAGGUUUAUUCUUCAUUCGACCUCAUGUUCAUAUCUAUCAGUAAAUUUGACCAAUUUAUUUGUUUAUUAAGAUUUGGUUUAUGUGUUAACAUCACUCAAAAUCCUGAUGGGCUUGAGAAUUUCUGACUUUAAAUUUGAAAUCAUUGUAUCAAUUAAUCAGUGUUAGUCAAGAUCAGAUGCUUUUGCUCUGUAACAGAUAAAAAGUUCCAGUUUUAGUGUCUUGUGUACUUUUCCACUUAUUCUACAAUAGUUGUUGAUUGACUAUACAUACCAUAUAUAAUGUUAAUAUAUUAAAAUG